AUGGUUCGAGUACAUGAUUCUGAAGAAAACGAAGCUCCCGAUGAAGAACUGACGAAGGAGUUCGCUCCACAGGAAAUACCUAUGCAAACGGAACCUCCUCCCACAACGUCCACUGCAGUGACGACGACGAAGGAGUCGCUGAAAGAUGUGGUGUUGGGCAAAGUAAUCGACGUGAAGGACGUCGUCAAGUCAAAAGUCAUGAAGGAAACAGGAAUGCCAGAAUGGAUGUUUGUGUUUCUCGGAAUCAUUGCCAUUAUCGUGGUUCUUCUCAUAGCGUAUCUGAUUAUCAGAAAGCUUUUCGGGAAGAAACGUCAUGGUGAUAAGAACAAAAGCAAAGGCUUCAAAGACUUCUUUGGGAAAGGCACCGAUUUGAUCGCUGGGAAAGAUGUAAUAGGCAAUCUCCAACAAGACAUGGAAGAGUUAGAAGAAAACAUGGAACAGAAUGAGAAAGCUCAAGCCGAUGAAAAAGAAGAGGUGAAACUCGGCAGGAUACAGUACAAGCUUGAUUACGAUUUCCAGCAGGGGCAGUUGUCCGUCACUGUGAUCCAAGCCGAAGAUCUGCCAGGAAUGGACAUGAGUGGUACCUCUGAUCCGUAUGUCAAGCUGUAUUUAUUACCCGAGAAAAAGAAGAAGGUCGAAACGAAAGUUCACAGAAAGACGCUAAAUCCUGUGUUCAAUGAGACAUUCAUUUUUAAGGUGGCUUUCAAUGAAAUCACAGCAAAGACGCUAGUUUUUGCCAUUUACGAUUUCGACCGAUUCAGUAAACAUGACCAAAUCGGACAGGUACUGAUUCCACUUGGUAAGAUCGAUCUUGGUCAAGUGAUUGAAGAGUGGAAGGACAUUGCACCUCCACCCGACGACAAAGAAGCUGUCAGUUUUUUGAAUCUAUUUCUUCUUCGUUUUAUUCCACCUUCAGUGUACAAAAAUCUUUUUUUAUCUCAGGAGAAAAGCCUUGGCGAUAUAUGUUUUUCUCUACGAUAUGUUCCCACAGCCGGAAAGCUAACAGUAGUCAUAUUGGAGGCAAAAAAUUUGAAGAAAAUGGACGUUGGUGGAUUAUCAGAUCCAUACGUGAAGAUUGUACUCAUGCAAGGCGGCAAACGAUUAAAAAAGAAAAAAACCUCAAUUAAAAAGUGCACUCUCAAUCCAUACUAUAACGAAUCGUUCUCGUUUGAAGUGCCAUUCGAGCAAAUACAGAAAGUCUCACUUAUGAUUACCGUAAUGGAUUACGAUAAACUCGGAUCGAAUGAUGCUAUUGGAAGAUGUCUUCUCGGAUGUAAUGCCACAGGAGCAGAAUUGAGGCACUGGAUGGACAUGCUUGCAUCUCCGCGACGGCCGAUCGCUCAGUGGCAUACGUUGGGACCUGUGGAGGAUGAGGCCGAGAAAAAAUAG